CAUGAUCAAAACCAACUCUGCAAGUGCCAGCCUAUGUUAGCAACUAGCGAACAUGAUAUAGAGUUUUAACAAAAAAAAUAUGCUUUGUAGAAGAGCCUGAUUUCAUUACGUCUAACCUUUCAUAACAGACUUGCCAAUACCAAGUUUGAGAAGGACUGAACUGAACACUAGACUCCACAAAAGAACUAAAAAGGUGAUUUAUCCUGUCGAUUCAAAAGUUGGAUUUCCUGAGUUGCAGCCUCCAGGACCUAGAAGAGGUAGAAUCCAUUUUGCCGAGAAACAGAAAGCAAGCAGGCACAUUAAUAGAACUCUUCAGAUUGCUUUGCCGAACUAUAACCAUGAUGCACAUUAAUUGACUGCUGCCGAAGGCCCUCUCGCGAUCAUGUAUGUAAGUAAACCUCGGGGUAGUAAUCGAUGAUUCAUUCAUCUCUUGCUGUAGAUUACGAUCCAUCAUGAUCUGUUACAUACACCAACUCUUCUGCAUAGUACUGUACAACCAACAAAUCCAGUUAGCAAUGAUGGCAGAAACAUUUCAUUUCAUUUAGAGUCCUCACCUCUCUAAACAUCACUACAAAACAUAGUAAAGUUAAACUGAAAGACAGCAAGCAAACUUCCAUUCUACAUUAUCAAAUGCACGAGUCAUACAAGAUUAUCUUUCACAAAUGGGGGGAAAUAAAGUCAAGCUUAAGUUGACGUAGUCUACCUAAGUGAAGUGUCGGACAAAAACCUUCUUUUUUCCCCACAGCUUGACUAUAUCCCGACUCAUUACAACAACUGAACUCAAGAAUCUAUCAACCGAGCAAAGGAAUCAAGUUAAAUGACGAAAAUCCAAAUCGCCAGGUACCCACUAAUCGUAAUCAUAAACUGACACUUUGAUUGCGACUCAAAGGGAAUGAAAGGGGAGAGAAGCGACCUACCUCCCUCAGCAUUCGGCCGUUGAUUAGUAAGAGAUUGGAGGCAUCGGUGACUGAAGUAAGAUUGGUACCUGGGAGGAGUUCGGACAAGAAAGUUGCAGCGCAACUCCCGAGACUCCAAGCCGAUGGAUGAGCGGAGGCAGCUGUAGUCUACCGGAGACGGCGGAAGCCGAGUAGUGACAGGGAGGAGGUCGGGAAGGAGAAGGCGACGAUUCCCGGACUUCUCUCGUAGAUUUCAGAGAGAAUGUCAAAUGGGCCGAGCGAAGCCCACGAAUUCAAUAAUCCAUAUUACUCAUGGGCUGGAUUUGUACAAAAUGGAUCCUUUCCUUUGAGAAGUUGGAAACUAAGAUUCCCUUUCCGAGUCCGAGGAUGAGAGGGACAAGUAAAAGGAAACAAAACAUAUAUAAAAAGGUUUGGGGCUGGAGGUGGUUUCUUUUUCUUUUGGCGAAAAAAACAAAAAAGUAGAAUGUCGAUCUUUGAAGCGGAACAAGGCAGAAAGAGAAGGAGGAACAACUUGGGAAUGGCGACACCGGUGGUCGGCGGCGAAGAAGAAGAAGCAACAACCGACCAAUUUUCGAAACUGCCGGAUGAGUUAGCGGUGGGGAUCCUUUCGCGGUCGGCGACCACAAUGAACGAAGCGGCGAGAUGCAGCAGCCUGCUGGGGAAACGGUGGAGGAACAUGUGGCAGUUGAUCGACAGCGCUGUUCUGGAUUUCAACAAGUCCGACGACGACGACAGGAGAUCCGAGCCGCAGCGGCGGCGGUUCGUGGACCGGGUCGACCAAGCCAUCGGUUUGAUCCGACAGUCCAAAACCAGACUGGACGAGUUGAAGAUUGUGUUCAAGUUUACCGAGAUGGAAGAGGCUGGGUGGAGGUGGAUCCAAUUCGGUCUGGGCGAGGGAGUCAAACGGCUUACCCUACUGUCUCUGUUGCGCCCCGGUUGGGAGGCUCGCGACGCGAUCCCUGUCCCCCUCUUCACCCCUGAAUUCGUCGCCAAGCAAGACCUCAGCCGCCUCGAGGUUUUGGAGUUUCAGGGCGUGUCCAUGAUUCCUGGAGGAACUCUGGAUCAUGUCUUGUCACGCUGCCACUCACUGCAGCACCUGUCUCUCAACAAUUGCUCCUUCCACGACGAGGAUACAGUGAUCAGAAUUUGUCGUCCCAACAACGACAGCCUGCAGACGCUGACAUUUUGGUGUCCAGAAGAAGAGUUCCACAAUGUCACUAGGAUUGAAAUCGUUUCUGCCCCUGGUCUUCGUAGUUUGAAGGUGGGUGGAGGACCAGUCGUCCGAAGGGUCGAAUUCGGGGACGACAUUCCUCAACUUCGGGAAUUUGAGUAUUGUAGGCACAUCCAGUUUGCGGCGGAUGGUGAUGACCCCUGCUACUUCCCGUGGUCUCGGUCUGAAUCCAACAAGUUUGCGCCUCGAUUGCAGUUUCUCAAGUACGACCUCACCACUGACAACUUUAAACCUCUAUCUGCUCGGGCUCCUGAAUGGUUGCGGUUUGAGAAGCUCACGGUGUUGGAUUUAUCCAUAUAUAUAGACUUUGCUGGUACAAGUAUGUUGGAGUGCACGGCCCUGCUGAGGGCAGCUCCAAUGUUGCGCCAACUGUUCAUAUCGUUCAUACAUUUGUGCUACUACAAUAAGUGGGAGGAUCCUGAGCAGGAGUUGCCAACUUGGAAGCAUCACUCUCUGCAGGUGCUUCAGCUGCACGGGGUGCAUCCUAGCGACUGGCAGGUUGUUGAUUGUCGCAAACCUCAGAUGGAGCUCGCUGCCUACAUCAUUAUGGCCUCGCUUUCACUGAAGCAGGUCCUUAUUGAUACCAAAAAUUUAAGAUCCACUGCCCCCAGGGAACCACUUCAGGUUGAUGCUCAUAUCUCUGAAGCUAAGAUGGAAUUGGAAGCUCGACUCAGCUCUCACACCACCACCUCCCAAAUUCACUUCACUUAUCUAUAAGUACUUGUUUCUCUGUCAAGAGGAAGAAGAUGAAGCAACAGCAGAAGAAGAAGAACAAGAAGUAUGUUCAAGGGUUCUAGAUUUUUCCUAGGAGCUGUUUGUAGUCUACUGUAUAUUAACAAGAGAUAUGUGGAUUUCAAACUUGGGACUAGUUCUGAAUCAAAUUUACUGAUGGGGUUCAAGGGUUGUUUGGCAAAAUCUCCUGUUUGUGUGUGUUUUUGCUGCGUUUUCUUGUUUGGGUUCCUGAACUUGGCAGAUACGCUGAUGCUCGUGUUGAUCUAGUUCAUUGUGCGGUACAUUACUGACUUCUGCAGCAGGUAACUUCUGUUCUCGAUAUUGGACAAUUUGAAUGUUGAAUGCAUCAAUGCUUUCCAAUUUCUGUGUGAGUGUGGAAUGCUUGUUUAUGUUGAGUUAUUGACAAAUGAAUGGUAGGUAGCUUGGUACCCACAAUCUCUACAUGUUGAGCCUAGUUUGUUAGGUCCUGUAAUUUUGAACUGUGACUCUCCUUUAGUGCCUUCUAAAUUAUUAGGUUUCUUGCAUACUCCACUUUGGCCACUUCGUUAGAGGGAAGUAGGUGAUUCAGGACGAGAAGCCAUGGUCAUCAAAUCUAAUAUGUAGACGCUAGUACUGGUUACUGGGUCUCUUGGAGAUAUCUGUUGGCUGUGGAAGUGCAAUUUAGUCUAUCAAAAGUACCCAAUUAUCGUGUUAGGAAACCAGUUGACUUCAUUACGAGGAUCUUGAGAACUGAUGUAAUAGAAGCAUGUUGAUUUG